GGCCCCGGCAGAGAGCCGAGCGCGAGCGGCUUCCAAAACAGUGUGCGGCUCCCUGUGGCAGCAGUAAGAAGGUGGGGUUCAAGUUUGCACAUUCAACUUCGCGCAGAAAGACUUUCUGAAAAAACGAUAAAGAGAUGGCAGAGGCCCACCAGGCAGUGGCUUUCCAGUUCACCAUAACACCUGAGGGCAUUGACCUGCAGCUGUCCUAUCAGGCUCUGAACCAGAUCUACCUGUCUGGAGUACGAUCCUGGAAGAAACGAGUGAGCCGCAUGAGGAACAGUGUGAUUAAGGGAGUGUACCCCGCCAGCCCUUCAUCCUGGCUCUUCGUUGCCAUAGGAAUCCUGGCCACCAUGUACAUGCAGUCGGAUCCCAGCAUGGGGCUCAUUGCCAAGAUACAGCAGCACCUGCCGCUAAGUCUCCACAUGUCCCUGAGUGCCCAGGGUCAGACCAUGGUGUCAGCGCUGGUCUUCAGCACUCUGCUGUGGCUCUCCCUCAUCCUCGCCCUCAGGUUCUGCCUCAAGCUGCUCCUCUCCUACCACCAGUGGAUGUUCGAAAAGCACGGCCACAUUUCCAACACCACCAAAGUCUGGGUGCCUCUGGUGACGCUAUUUUCAAGCAGGAAGCCUUUGCUGUACAGCUACCAAUCCUCUCUACCUCACCUUCCUGUUCCUGCCAUCAAAGACACUCUGAGCAGGUACUUGGAGUCAGUGCGCCCUCUGCUGACUGAUCCGGAGUUUAAACGCAUGACAGACCUGGCCAACGAGUUUGAGUCGAAUCUGGGGAACCGCCUCCAGCGCUACCUGAAACUCAAAGCUCUGUGGGCCACCAACUAUGUGAGUGACUGGUGGGAGGAAUACGUCUAUUUAAGGAGCCGAAGUCCCAUAAUGGUCAACAGUAACUACUACGGCAUGGACUUUCUGUAUGUGACGCCAACCCCCGUGCAGGCAGCCAGGGCAGGAAACACCAUCACGGCCCUGCUGCUCUACCGGCGCAAGGUGAACCGGGAGGAACUCAAGCCGAGCCGUGUUCCAGGUACCGUCAUCCCCCUCUGCGCUGCACAGUGUGAGAGGAUGUUCAACACGACACGCGCACCAGGAGUCGAGACUGAUGUGCUUCAGCACUGGCUGGACAGCGAGUUUGUGGCAGUGUACCACAAGGGGCGCUAUUUCCGCCUGUGGGUGUACCGGGCAGGCCGGCUGCUGUCCCCCAGGGAGAUUGAGUAUCAGAUACAGAGGAUCCUGGAUGACCCUUCGCCCCCAUUUCCUGGAGAGGAGAAACUGGGAGCUCUCACUGCUGGAGACAGGAUCCCUUGGGCUCAGAUGAGGAAACAGCAUUUCAGCUCUGGUGUCAACAAGCGAUCACUGGAUGCCAUUGAGAGGUCGGCCUUCUUCAUAACCUUAGAUGAACAGGAGCAAGGCAUGCGGGGAGAUGACCCAGAGGGGAACUUGGACCGCUACGCAAAGUCUCUGCUUCAUGGGAGAUGUUAUGACAGGUGGUUUGAUAAAUCCUUCUCCAUCGUGAUCUACAAGAAUGGGAAGAACGGGCUGAACGCAGAGCACUCCUGGGCUGAUGCGCCAACAGUGGCUCACCUUUGGGAGUACACCCUGGCCACGGAUGCCUUUCAGCUGGGCUACACUGAGGACGGGCACUGUAAGGGUGAGGUGGAGCCUUCUCUCCCCCGACCUCAGAGACUUGUCUGGGACAUCGGAUCAGAGGUUCAGGCUCAGGUGAGCAGCUCCUUGGCUGUUGCCCAGGUGCUGGCAGAUGAUGUGGACUGCCACGUGUUCCCGUUCCGAGAGUUUGGGAAAGGACGGAUCAAGAAGUGUCGCAUCAGCCCAGAUGCCUUCAUACAAAUCAGCCUGCAGCUGGCAUACUACAGGGACCGUGGUGGUUUUUGUCUGACAUACGAGGCAUCGAUGACCCGUCUGUUCAGGGAGGGCCGGACAGAGACCGUGCGGUCCUGCUCCAGCGACAGCUGCGCUUUCAUCAAAGCACUAGAGAGUGGAGAGACGGCAGAAGAAUGCAGACGCCUCUUCAGAUUGGCUUCUGAGAAGCACCAGAACCUUUAUCGAAUGGCUAUGACUGGAGCUGGAAUUGACAGACAUCUCUUCUGCCUUUACGUUGUUUCCAAGUACUUGGGCGUGGAGUCUCCUUUCCUCAAAGAAGUUCUGUCUGAGCCUUGGCGUCUCUCCACCAGUCAGACUCCAGUUCAGCAGAUGGAGCUGUUCGACCUAAAGAACCACCCUGAUUUCAUAUCGCUUGGGGGUGGCUUCGGACCUGUUGCUGAUGAUGGUUAUGGCGUUUCAUACAUCAUUGUGGGUGAGGAUAUGAUCAACUUCCAUGUGUCUUCCAAAUACUCCUGCAGUCAGACUGACUCGCACAGGUUCGGCGUUCAGAUAAGUAAGGCUCUGCAAGACAUCAUGGCUCUCCUCUCAGCUGAUCCCAAAACCUUGGCGUCAUCCAAAGGCACAGGCCAGCCGCAGUCCAAGAAGCUGCAGUAAAAAAAAUAAAAUAAAUUUCAAUUUUUCAGAACCCUCAGUGUGCAAAUCACACCUUAAAAGAACAUUAAUUGACAAAUGUAAAGUCAGUGACUAAUGCAAACGUGAAAUCAAUGAUAUCUUUUUGUACCCAUACAGUACAUUUUUACUGCCCAACAGAUAAGCAGCUUUUUUUUUGGUUUUAACCUCCCAUCUGCUUUGCUUUGCUGCUCAGUGGCAAAACACAAACCAUGUUUCUCCCAUGACUCAUACAGGCCUGUUCUGCAUGAAUCAGCACUAAAAUGUAUCCAGUUUUUUCAUUAACACACACGGGCCUUUUUGUAUUGCGAGCUUUAGAAUUUGCAAAACAGCUGAGAAUGCAAAAUGCUUCUAACUCCUGUUUUCUUUGAGAACAUGAAAACCUGUGGUCUUAUAGAUGCAUAUUUAUAUAUGAAUAAAAUGGGGCAAAUGUCAUCACUUGAAGAGGAAGUUUGUGAAGGCAGAGAAAGUGAGACGAAUGUCCCUGACAGCAGAAAGCAUUAAGACGCCCUUAAUCUCACUAACAGUGAAGAGCUCACUGACACCAUUUAUAACGGUUCAAUGAAGAGAGAUUAGUGUUAAAACAGGACAGAGGAGAUGAAACAGGAAGUUCUGGCCAAACUGGACUCAUUUACUUCCUGUUCUGUCAGAUGGGACCAGAGGUUUCCAGAGAAAGUCUCUGAACUUUGGGACUGUCACCAGCAAUUUGAUUUAUUUGAUUUAUCUCAUGAUCUCCAGGCAAGUGGUUACCACAGGCUGAAUCAAUAAUUAACAUUUUAGUUUAACCAUAGUUACCCGGUAAACAGGAAUUACUCAUUAACCGCAAAGCAGCAAUAAAAGAGCAGCUGAUCAGCUGUGUGGGUGGGUGGGUGAGUUGCACUCAUUGACGUUCCUGUCAGCUGCAGUAUAGUUACAGUUCACUUUUUUUGGCUGAUGGUGCUGUUAAAGUGUUUCUUUCCCACAGCAGCUCGUCUGCUGCUGCAGAAAUGUGUGCCUGAACUCGGGUACUCGUGAUAUGUUUACAUGUGCAGUGAUGGAAUGGCAAAAACAAAAGUCUCUCAUUGCCGGAGCAUUCAAGCAGCUGCAGUGUCAAACAUUUACUUAGUGUCCACUUUUGUGUUGUUAACCUAACCGUCUCUGCUCCUCUAACUGCACUCCUGUCUUUGGGUGUUUCAGAGAUCGCGCCUUUUUACAGUUCUAAUAACUUCAGGGUGUAGCAUCUGUUUCAUGUUUCUGUGCUGACUGCCAGAGCUGCCUCUCUGCUUCAGCCUCUCACAGAGCUGCAGCUCGCUUUGGUUCAGUAAAAUAUUUGCAGAGGCAUUUUUUUUUUUUAGCUACAACUUUUCUACCUCUCUAGACUCGUGAUGGUCUUUCUAAUAAUAACUUUAUAAACCACCAGUACAAAAUGCUUCAGAGCCAUAAACCCUGAGGGAGCCUGCUUGGAGCUGCAGCUCGUUUCCUUAUUUUCUCAGGACUGCUUUUUUUCUUGGUAAAAAUGAAGCCGUUUGCUGAGUUAAAACAAUUACUUCUUCUUCCCCCCCCCUUUUUUUUUUAACCACUUUGAUCAGAUGUUUGAUCUGUGAACUUAAAAAGAAUGACCAUAUUUAACUUCCUAGAAACACUGAAACUUAAUAUUGGGAGUUUUAGGAAAAGAAUAUUUUCUAUAAAUGGAUUUAGGGGAAAUGAGUCUUUUGUCUCUUGAGCAAAGGUUUUUUUUUAAAUGUUGGUUACUUUGCUGUUUCAGUUUUAAUCCAAUAGUAACCUCCAGCAAAUCAAACCUAAACAUUCAUCCGAUCUGAAAAUCCAACAUGCUGAUCCCGUGCCUCAGGCUGCUUCUCUGCGCAGCACAUACACAGUUCUUCUUUCUUACACAGUAAUGCCAAUAAAUGGUCUCGGUGUGCACAGGCUCUCAACAGUUUGAAUGACGAGCCUGCAAAAAGGAAAGAAAAGGCAGCAGUUGGCCAUUAGUUGGAUUUUUUGUUGUUGUUGUUGUUUUUCUUAUUUGAAGUGAUGUAAGAUGUGUGUAACCUGGUAAAAUUAUUGUAUCUACUCUUGAAGCUCUUUCCUGAUUUUUACGAAGAUGCUUGUGUUGCAGUUUUUCGGUACGUCACUUUCUCUCUAAAAUGCAUUUAAAUGUAACUUUGGGCUUUGUGAGCGUCUUCCACAGAUGGAUCUGGUGUGUUUUUUUAAAUAAAAAAAUUUACUUUCCCUA